AUGGCCGGAGGUGGUGUCAAGAAGCCGAUCAAUAUCUUCCGCCUUGGCGACCUGGGCGAGCCCAAGGGCGUCUUCAACUGGCGCUUAUGGUUCUCUGUCUUCUCCUUCAGCAUUCUCGGCGCCGCCCGCGGCAUCGACGAGGGGCUCAUCACCGGCGCCUUCAACUCAAAGCAUUUCCAGCACCUCAUCCACUACGACACGAUGUCUGCCAGUGCGAAGGCCGAUCUCAAGGGCAACAUCUCGUCCAUGGUUCUUCUCGGGUCGAUCGCAGGUUCACUGUUCGCGUUUGUCGUCUGCGACCGUAUCGGCCGUCUCUGGGCUACGCGACAGCUCGUCAUGUGGUGGGCCUUCGGUAUAUCUCUCUUCAUGGGCUCUAACGGUAACCUGGGAAUGAUCUAUUCCGGCCGCUUCAUCGCAGGUAUAGGCAUCGGGAUGACAGCAGUAGUUGGCCCACUUUACCUUGCUGAGAUCGCUCCCGCGUCUGUCCGUGGCCUGUGCACCUGCAUGUUCACCGGCAUGGUGUACCUUGGAAUCAACGUUGCCUACUUCACCAACUUCGGUAUGCAGAGGAACUACCCGAAUGGCGCUGUGCGUUGGCUGGUCCCGACGUCUAUCCACCUUUGGUUCGCUUCCGCAAUCUUCAUUCUCUCGUGGUUCCAGCACGAGUCGCCGCGGUACUUGGUCAUGCGGGGUCGGGUUGCCCAGGCCCAGAAAGUUAUGUCUCGGCUCCGCCGCCAGGCUGAAGACUCAGAGUACAUACGCCGCGAGAUUGCUUCAAUUGUUCAUGCCCACGACCUCGAGGUUGAGGCAACUCGGGGCAUGAAUGUCUGGCAGGCAAUCAAAAAGACUCUAUCCAACAAGCAAUACCUUUUCCGCCUCUACCUUACCACAUCAGUCCAGUUUCUCUCCCAGUGGUCCGGUGCCGGAUCCAUCACCAUCUACGCACCCGACUUAUUCGAGCUCCUGGGCGUCCAGGGCACGAACCUUGGUCUGCUAGUUACCGCUGUCUUUGGUCUCAUCAAGCUUUGUGCCGCCGUUUUUUGUGCUCUCUUCCUGGUCGACGUCAUCGGCCGCAAGCGCUCGCUCUUGAUCGGUAUCUCGCUUCAAAUCAUCUCAAUCGCUUUUGUCUCCGGGUUCCUCUCGGCCUUCCCAUCGAUGGGCAGCGAGGACUACGUUUUGCCUGACCGGUACAAGGCCGUUUCUCGAGUCGCUAUCGCCAUGAUCUACGUGUCUGGCUGCGGCUGGGCGCUGGGCUGGAACUCGAUGCAGUACCUCCUCACUGCUGAGAUCUUCCCCCUCAACAUCCGUGCCGUCGCCACGUCGUGGGCUAUGAUGCUCCAUUUUAUUAACCAGUGGGCGAGCGCUCGCGCUGUCCCCACGCUCCUGCUGGACGUCAGGCAUGGCGGCAUCACCCCAGCUGGGACAUUCUGGAGCUUCACUUGCGUCACCAUCAUCGGCGGCGCCUGGGUAUGGUUCUUUGUUCCCGAGACCGCGGGCUAUUCGCUUGAGGCUAUGGACGAGCUCUUCAAGCUGCCGUGGUACAAGAUCGGCCGCUACGGGAACAGAUUUGCAGCUGAGAGGGCGGAGCGCCGCCCUAUUAGCCCAGAGUUAGAGGAAAAGGACGAGGACGCCCAGAUUGACAUCGAGACCGCCCGCAAAGCCCAGCACAACACCCUGGUGUAG